CUUAUACAUUCCAAGUGGUCCCGUCCGCUGACUAUUGAUUUGCCAAGACUAGAUGCCCUUCUUCAGUGGGGACACUACUCCUCUGUUAGAGUCAUUCAAUUAUUUUUCCAAUAAGCGAAGACACUUAUUAGAGCCAAAUAAAAGUAUGUCGCUGUAGUUGAUGUCGAGUAUGCAUAGAGUAUACAAGGAGUAAAUACUUAAAUAAGAGCACACUGGAGGUCCUCAUAAAACAAAUUCGAGAUGCUGACGAGAGGCGAAAAAAGUUGGAGCAACAGAAAUUGGCGGCGACAACAGAACUUGAAACAAAACAAGAAGAAAUCAAAACAAUAUCCAAUGAAACAGAAAAGCAGAAAGCGAUGGAAAAUAUACAAAGCUUAGAGUCAGAAAUUCGAGAACUAGGAAAAAAAUGUGACUUAGAAAGCGUUCUUCGAGAAGAACUGAACUUAGAAAUACAAACAUUACAAAGAAAAAAAAGCUUUCAAUCGUCGACACAAGAACCUAUUUCUCUAGAAAUCGUAUCCGAUCAAAGUGUCCAAACUGUUGUACAAUCUGUAGCUGGAGCCCCUAAAGAAUCUUAUCAACCAAUCACAUCUGUGAAAUACAGUAUUGAAGGUCCUAUUGUAGCGGAAGUUGCAUUAAUUAAAGAAACAGAAAAUUCUGCAUCUUGUGCCAAUCAGAACAAAACAAAUUCUGAAACACCUUCAGAAAAUACCAAUAGUGAAAUUAAUAGGAUUUUAGCACGUAUUGAACAAGAUAACCAAAUUUUAGCAGAACUUGAGAAAUCUAGAGGAACAGUUGAUCUGCCAUUGGUGGGAGCAGCUACUAAGGAGAACAAGGAAAGACCUUUGCAUGUAACAUCAAUAAAACAAUCUGUUACCAGACAUGAAUUAGAUCAACUUAUGGCAAAACUAGAACAAGAUAAUAGAAUAUUAGCUGAAUUGGAUAAAAAAAGAAACAUUUUAGAAACUUCACUAAGCAAGAAAACUUUCAUGACAAAUAAUGGUCUACCUUCACCCAGUCCAUCAUUAGGUAAUUUAAGAGAUCCUUCUUUUACUCUUCAAAGUCUUACUGCUUCAGCUUCUGCCACUUCUUUACUUCAUCCUUUCCAAAGAAUUCAAUCCGAUGUUGCCCUUACAGAAGAAGAAAUGCUUGAUUCUAUUGAUUUCAUAGAACUUCCAGGACGAGGACGGUGUCACAUAUACUGUGCACGUUAUACAUACGAUCCUUUAAAGCAAUCUCCUAAUGAAAAUCCAGAAGCAGAACUGCUAUUAAAUGCAGGAGAUUAUGUUAUUAUUUAUGGUGAAAUGGAUGAGGAUGGGUUUUUCAAUGGUGAACUUUUAGAUGGAAGAAAGGGUUUAGUUCCUUCAAAUUUUGUUGAAAAGCUCACAGGGGAAGAAUUAUUUGAAUUCCAUGCCACAAUUUUAUAUGGAAACAGAGAUUCUGAUGAAAGCAGUGUUAGCUUCAGUUAUGCUCAAGAUAUCGAAGUCUCAGAUGAUUUUUUACAACCAGAAGACUUUCAUCGAAUGAAUGACUAUGUUGAUUUAGAUGACAUAGAAGAAGUUGAUCAAGAUAAUGAUGAGGAGGAUGUCCAACAAGGAAAUGAAAAUUUUGCUUUUGGUGUUCCUCCUCCUCAACGCUUAAUUCUUGAAAGACAAAUGAAUAAAAGCCUUUUAAUUGGUUGGGUUCCUCCAGAUGUGGCGCCUGGUAAAAUAGAAGGGUAUCAUGUGUAUGUCGAUGGUAUACCGAAAGCUACAAUUCAAUUUUCAGAACGAACUAGAGCCUUAAUUGAAGGAGUUGAUUCUUCCAAACCUCAUCGGAUCAGUGUUCGAUCUAUUUCAAGUGCUGGAUUUCACUCAAAAGAUGCUGCUUGUACUAUUGUUGUCGGAAAAGAUUUUCCUCUGGCACCAACAUGUGUAAAAGCAUCUUAUGUUACAGCAUCAUCAGCCCUUAUUAGUUGGCUCCCUAGCAAUAGUAAUUUCCAACAUGUUAUAGCUGUUAAUAGUGUUGAAGUAAAAGUUGUAAAACCCGGAUGCUUUCGUCAUCACGUCACAGGUUUAUCUCCAAAUACAGUCUAUCGAGUUUCUGUCCGAGUUAAGCCAGGGAAGCUUUUGUACAAUGAUGAAAAAAAUCCUAAAAAAUUAGAAAUGUUAGUUAGCAAUGUGGAGUUCAGAACUCUUCCAAAAGGUCUUCCAGAUCCACCUGUGAAUGUAUCCGUGGAGCAAGGUCCUCAAGAUGGAAGCAUUCUUAUUACUUGGUUACCAGUGUUGACGAAUCCAGCUUCAACUCUAAUAUCACCAGUCACUGGGUAUGCUGUGUUUGCAGCUGGUAAAAAAAUUGCUGAAAUUGACAGUCCAAGUGGAGAUCAUGCUCUUAUUGAUGGUCAACAACUUUUGGCUUUAAACAAAAAGUCGAUCACAGUAAAGAGUAAGUCAGUGGAUGGUUUCUCAAAUGAUUCUCUUGUUUGUACGGUCCCUAAUGAGCUUCUUAGAAAUGCUCAAAAGAGUGUGAUCCUGAAAAGACGGAUGUUUGAUGAGAGGCGUCGUAGUUCGAGCUCGGAUUCUGAAUCUGACACUGAGCUUACAGAAUUGCUCAACCAUGUAAACCGCAGAGCUCGAGCAUUUGAUCCAUCAACAGACUCACCUUUUUCUUCAAAGGGUGAUGUCUUGGAAGAAAUGCAGCACGAAGCUGAAUUAUCAGACAUUGUCGAGGAAGAAGAAGAACCAGCAAUGGACACGAGUAAAUCUAAGAUGCUUUGUAAAGUGGAAAGUAUAAAUGAUGUUGAAUGCGAAGCAGAGGAAAUGACAAAAAAUUCAGCACGCGUACAAGAAUCCGUCCGGCGUAUGAAUCAAAACCAAAUGCCUAACCAGAGACGUCAAGAAUGGAAAAACCAAUCUUAUAACACUCGAAGUAUGUCAGAAGGUCAUAGAAACAGGCAGAUUGUCUUAGACCUCGAAGAGAAUUUAAGUGACAAAGAAAUGUACCCUUCUAGACCAACAAUAGCUAGCAAGGAAGCUAUUCAGAAUCAUAAAAUACCGAGAGAAACUACUGUGUUGAAUGAUGCCGAAAAUAUAUACUCUGAAGAAGAAUAUAAUCAAAGAAGACGACACAGGACAAGUUCUCCAGAAAAAUAUUCAGGAGCACCCUCACGACCACUUCGCACUGAAUCUGACACAAACUAUUCAUCCAAUUCACACAGGGGACCACAUUCACAGCAUAUUCAUUCACAAUAUUCUCAUCGAGAUCGUCGCCAAUCCCAUGAUUCUAAUCAAGCAGUUUCAGAGAAACAGCGUCAACAAUUACAGGACCAAAAUCGACGAAACCAUACUACCUCGAGAGGUGGGCAACCUACUCCACCAAAUCACUCGUAUUCUAAUAAUCGCAGAAGUUUGGGCAAUUCAUCAAGGAAAUUAGCCGAUUUUCAAGAACCAAUAUCUAGAUAUGGUGACUAUAAUACAGAAAAUGAAGAAGGACAUAAUAGGGUGAGAUUUUUUGUGGCGCUCUUUGAUUAUGAUCCGCAAACAAUGUCACCUAAUCCAGAUGCUGCUGAUGAAGAAUUACCUUUUCAAGAAGGUCAAAUGAUUAAAAUAUACGGUGAUAAAGACAGUGAUGGAUUUUAUCGUGGAGAAUCUAAUGGCCGAGUUGGUUUAGUUCCUGGAAAUAUGGUAUCUGAAGUUCAGAUAGACGGAGAUCCUUUUAAUGAUAAUAAUAGCAGAGGUGAUCGAAGAAUAAAGAAAAUGGUGGCUAUCUAUGAUUAUGAUCCCCAGGAAAUAUCCCCCAAUGUUGAUUCUGAGGUGGAACUAUCAUUUAGUAUUGGUGAUGUGAUCUACGUCAUUGGUGAGGUAGAUGAGGAUGGAUUUUAUAUCGGUGAGCUGAAUGGCGCAAAAGGACUAGUACCAUCAAAUUUCCUGCGACCAAUUGAAGAGGAAUUAAAACAGCCCAAAGGUCAGCGGCGGAGCUAUUUAGGCCGAGCAGACUGUCAGUGGAAUGGGCCUCCCGAGACGAGUAUCAGCACAGGAAGACCAUACCAGAGACACUGGAAUAUGAUAGAAAGUCUAGAAGAAAUUCAGAUUAUGAAUCACAAGAAAGUGCCAUCACAUCAUUCUCACCACCCUCCACUUUAUGGGAUGAAUUCGAUGGAGCAACUCGAGUCCCACAUAUACCAUCAAGAGGACAGAGAUUGGGUCCGAACUUUGCAGAACCUGACCAGGCCUACUUCGCUUGACCUUCCCAACUCUAGUCUUAAAGUUCUAUCGAAAGAACAGAAAAUAAAAAUUGCACCAGAUAUAAUUAUGCAAGAUUGUUCUUUGACUAAAGAAAAUAGUAAGAGCCUCUUUUCCUCCUUCAAAGAUAUUUUUAAAGCUUCCAAAAAGUAUUAGAACAACCUCUUUAAAAAUGCCUUUAAAUGUAAAUAAAAAGAAAAAUAUCUCUCAUUGCUAUACAUAUCUAAUUUUGUUGUUCGACAAUUGCGUCACAAAACAUACUUUUUUUCAUAUUGAAAACAAAAAUCACGUUGCAAAAAAUAUCCAUGUAUAUGACCUACUUUUUUCUUGAAUUUUUUUAGUCAAAAUGGAUUUUGAGAAGUACUUUUCUGUUUCAUAAUUUAAUUCACGUGUGUAAUACUCAGAUUGCUCAUUUUAUUUCUUUAUUACCGUGUUUUUUAGAAAUAUUAUAACUUUAACAAUAGAUAAAUGCUUUAGGAAAGUCAACUUAAAAUUUUUGGAAAGCUCUUUAAGAAACUUGUGUAAGGAUGGUGUUUUCAAUAUAAAUGUUUCAACAACAAUCUCGAGCUCUUGACCUGCUCUACUUCCGGUUAGAAAGUA